AUGAUCUCUCCGAGUCGAGGCCUCGUCUCGAGAGCCUGUCGCAUCCAGUGCCGUUUCGCGAGCUCUACCCCUCGGCCUCCACGCCCCAAUAUCAAAACACCAACGUCUCGCCCUCCACCCAAGAUCUCAAAAACUUACAGAACAAAGCCUCAGUCUCCAACCUCUCCCUCGCGUUCGUCGACCUCGGCAACCCCUGCACAAGCAGAAACCCUCCGCGAUCUCUGGGCAUCGACAUGGCUCCCUCUGACUGGCGCAGCUCUUCUCGCCGGUGCCCUUGGCUUCUACAUAUUCGGCACAGCUGCCGCAUCGUUCAAAGCGACGCCAUGCAGUUGCACCGGCGAACAUUCCACACCGACCGGCCGGCCCCUGGCUCUCGAUGGCGAUAAUGCAGAACAGUUCGACAAGGAGCUGGCUCUUCCUGAGUGGUGGAUGGGUAUCACGAAGCUACGAAAGCGCAUAGCGGAGCGUGCAAACGGACAUGUGUUGGAGUUAGCAAUGGGUACAGGGCGGAACUUGGAGUACUUCAACUGGGAGCCAUUGACCCUGCGUGCAGAGGGCAAGGCUGGUGCCAAACUACCAAAGGGCGUGGCAUCGUUUACCGGUCUCGAUAUUUCGGUUGAUAUGAUGGAUGUUGCUCGAAAGCGACUCGUCAAGACUGUUCCGCCCAUGGAGAACUCUGCUCCCAUCGUCCGCGCAUCUACCAUGGCCGAUCACACUGGAGGCCAACUCUCGUAUCUUGAUUCCCAGCUCCGAUUAAUUCAUUCCGACGCUCACCACCCAAUUCCCGGUCCCGCGACUCCCAAGACGACGAAAUACGAUACAGUUAUACAGACCUUCGGUUUAUGUUCAGUGUCAGACCCCGUUGCUGUAGUAAACAAUUUGGCCAAGGUUGUGAAACCAGGGUCAGGCCGUAUCAUUCUGCUCGAACACGGCAAGGGUUGGUACGGUAUUGUCAAUGGACUUCUCGAUAAGAAUGCCGGCAAACAUUUCGAAAAGUAUGGAUGUUGGUGGAAUCGUGACAUCGAGGGCUUAGUCGAGGACGCCGUCGCCAAAACACCAGGCCUUGAAAUCGUCAAGGUCGAGCGACCGAACAUAAUGCAAAUGGGCACAUUGGUAUGGGUUGAGUUGAAGGUCAACGACAAAACCUCGUGA